AUGAGCCGGCUCCAUCGGUUUGUGGAUGGUGAGGAAACGUUGAGCGCACCGUUAACAUCGCAACCGCAGUUCGGUCUAGCCCUCCUCCAAGUCUGCGGGGCCUUGGUUCUCGGCCCACAUCUCGAGCGGUUUGGAAUGGAGAGGUGGAGUGGAAUUCACCGAGUUGUCUCUCCGCGAGCCGAGCUUCAUAUUAGAGUUGUGUCAGGCGGGGCUCAGCUGCAUCACAUUGAUAGAUUAUCGUAUCGCAUGUAG